AUGGACAUAACAAAGACAUUAUUUCCUUACUCUGGACCAUGGGAGUCUGUACAUUACAAUAAGAUCUUCCAUCCAAACCUUUGCCAUGUUUGCAAGAAGACUAGAGAAGUGGUAAAUCUGAUAACAUGUAAUCAAUGUUUUUUGAUUUCUUAUUGCUCGGAAGAUCACAAAAACUUGCAUCUUCCUCAACACCGCGAGAUUUGCACAGUUAUAGAAAAGUUCUUGAAGAUCAAUCCGCAAUAUCUUACUCGCCGUUUUAGUCUGAAGGAAUGGUUAAAAGCACAAAAUGAAUUUUAUCAAUCAGUUCAAAAGGAUGUAGGGCGUGCUCUUGAGAAUUACGAAACUGAAAUAUUUGUCUUCGCAAGAUCAUGUAUUAUUUGUUAUCAGCAGACCGGACUGUAUUCCUGUAAAAGAUGUUUGUCCAUCGACUAUUGUCUAGAACACAAGGAAGAUUUCGAACAGAAACAUACACAAAUGUCCUGCGACUAUUUGAUACUAUGGCUCAAUCUUGAGCUUUCAAAUGUUCAGUAUGAAAGUGCAGACUUAUUAUCGUCAAAAUUUAUGAAGUUUCCCGAUGAUAAUAGACCUUUCCAUGACAUGGCAACAUUUAUAGAAGAAUAUGUACAAAACGAAAAGGGUGUAUGGUACGCCUUGGAUUAUAUCUAUAGCGAUUACGUGUCAGGACCGCUCUCGAUAUAUUAUGGAAUGCAUCAGGCAAGAUUAAUUGAUAUUCUACUGGACAAAUCUACCUAUAUCAUUCAUGUUAUAGCAGCAUCUUAUAUAGAAAGAAACAGUUUACCGGCUUGGGAAAUAUUGUUACAUCUUUUACCAAAUAUAGAAGUACUAAUAGUUGUAUUGAUAGGAAUAAAUUUACAAUUUGAAUUUGGUAUACAGGACAUUUGUCCCAAUUGCGUUUGCAAUAAGAAGAAAUUUAUCUAUGAAUGCUGUGGUAUGUUGUAUACUGAUUACAUGGGAAAUCCGAUGUAUGGAAGAGCGGACCUGAUCGUAGGUUUAGAAUCACUGUUCGACUUUGAAUCAUUGAUGGGAUAUUUAAAAACAAUGCAAUCUCAGGACUGUCCUGUGCUACUUUUCACUACUCUAUUAGAGACAGAAGAAAUAGAUAAGAUUCAGGUAGUUCUGGGUAGAGAUGUAUAUCCUGUUAUCAGCAUGAGAAAUGAAUUCGAAUCUCAAAGACCAUACAGAUUCUUUAAAUAUAUUAUUUAUCGUAAUUCGUAUUUGAUUCUUUACAAGACAUUAAAAAAUACAAACUAUACGACUGAAAACAGUAGUUAA